UGUUGUCUCGGAGGUUCAGAGAAAAAGUGAGGGCUCACAGAGCUCUCGAGGAAUAGUCUUUCACUUUUGCUUUCUUUUAUUUUAUUUUUAUUCGCUUUUUUCUGCAAAUGCCGGAGCUCACAUUCCAAACUGGGCUCCUGGAGCACAAGGACCAAGUUCACAAGUUCCUGGUGGAGCAUUUUAGAGUAAUGGAGCCCAUCACAACUUCAUUGAGCUGCUCGGAAGAAGAUGUCGCCGAGUUUUUCGUUGAUUUGACGAUGAGCGGGUUGGAAGAUGAGAAAAGUUCAAUUCUGGUUUUUGAUGGGGAAGAAAUCGUGGCAGUUUGCCUGAAUGCCGUCAAAGAAUGCUCUUUUGUUUCCGAAUCGACCCCAUUCAAUCCACACUGGGAUUUUAACGCAGAAAUCACAAAUGGCCAGUACAAACACGAAAAUGCCAACAAGUUGGUGGCAUUCGUGCAGGUUUUGGAGCAAGACUUGUCGUUUUUGACUGGAAAUCCGAAAAAAGUCUUCAAAAUCGAUGUGCUGUGCGUGUCGAAGGCUUGUCAAGGGAAGGGAAUCGGAAGACAGCUCGUCGAGAAGAGUCUGGAAAAUGCUGUGAAGGAAGAUUGCGAGUACGUGGCAACCGUUGCAACUGCUGUGGCUUCUCAGAAUAUUUUCAGCAAGGAUAGUAGUUUCUUAUUCAAUAAAAUUUCCGCUUUUUACGAAAAAAAUAGAGCGAAAAGUCAGAAAACCUAUAAAAAAUACAGUACCCGUGUUUAAAGGCACACACACCACAUCGGAAGCGUGGCGAGACCUUUGACCACGUGGCAAGACCAAUUGAGGCACCACGAAAUCUAGAACCGGUGGGAUAUCGGAUCUGGCCCGUUUCUUUGCGUUGGCACUUGAAUCCGUGGUGCCUCGAUGAAUUUUCGAUCUAAAAGCUUCAAAAACUAAUAAAAUUCCAGUGUGGUCUCACAACACUUCGCGAAAUGCCAUUUUCCUGUUUUCGAAACAAUGGCGACGUGGUUUUCGAGAACCUCGUCGACGGUGGAGUCAGCGGGAAACUAAUGGGGAAGAAGCUAGAAAAACAUGCAAAUGAGGAGGAAGAGGACGACCUUCGAUAGCGAUAGCAACUCAAAUUAAAGAAACAUAUAUUUAUAAAGGACCAAAGCAGCUAGGAUCUCAACUUCAGAUACUCAAAACCAAUAAUUAAAGUACACGUAAUGAAAUUGACACUUAAUAAGCAAGACCUAGGCUAUGAAUAAAAUAUUAUAC